AUGUCACGACCUUCUUACGACGCACGAACGACACGACCUACUUCGUCCCAUCUGUCACGGGAAUACUCCUCGGCUGACGUGUACACCUUGUCAAAGCAGAACCCGUCGGACGCCGAGUUGAGGUCAUUGGAUCGUUCGCCGCGACCGCCGGCUGGACCAUCUAGAGCGACGGCGUCGAGCGCGACGUCGACGUCCACUCCGAGGAUCUUGACCUACCAGGACGCUGAUGAGGAGGACGAUGAAGACGAGGGUGGUUGGACUACCACUUAUGAUGACUUUGUUCCACGUCGAGCAAGUACGAUGUACCAACCUGGGAUGGGCCACAUCGCUUCGUACGUUAUUGAAUAACUUGAGAGGCGGCCGUCGCCCGACAGGCUAGCGCCGUUGCCAAGGUUGUUCUGUCGUUAGAUUCCAUUGUACUGACAGUGGUUCUUCGGGAUGGUUCAACUAGAUCCACAUCCAAGACAAACGUGCUCGAAAUGGUACAACAACCCAUCUUGGCGCCGCACGACUGGUCAAUCGGAGAAAAACGAACGGACUGGGGCAAGCGUGGUUCGAGCCGAGGCGAAAACCCGCGCGCUGUCCCACCGUUCAAGGCCAAGGUGAAACGAGUCAAAGGUUUCGUGGGCAGGCAUUGGAAGUGGCUGCUUGCUAUUGUCCUGGCUUUGAUCGUAGUGUGAGUCCCCUCGGUGUGAUCGAUCGGGGCAGUCCCAUGUGGCGGGCGGAGAAUUGCUGAAGCCGAGCUGCGAAAAUCAUGUCGAUAGGGUCGCCUUAAUACUCUACUUUCUUCUGCCUCGAGUGCCCGGUGUCGACUUCCAGGGUUCGAAUCCGAUCAUCAAGACGAGUACAUUUGCACAGACAUCCUCCAGUCCGGCAUUCUUUUACUUCACCUCGGAUCUCCUCGUCAAUAGUGAGUGAAGCUCCUGAUUUCUGCUCAGGCCCUGGUCGGCGAGAGUGACGAACAGUUUUGACGUGGACUGGGAUAAUUUUCGCAGUCGACGCCUCGGCGAGUUACAUUCCCAUCAUCUUUUCGAUGUUUCAGGUGCAGCUUUCAUUGCAAGAGACGGGAAAGGUCAUUGCUCAGGGGCCACGAACAGGGAUUAAGGUCAAUGGCAAAACUUCGACGAUCUACCAAGUCAGUUUUGUGCAGCGCGCUUUGAGCUAGGUCGAUAACUCCUGUCAAAGGGUGUGUAAGCUGAUCAGUUCAUACCAUAUAGAUCCCUCUGACGUGGUCCGGUAAUAUGUCGGUCUCGGAUCCCACCUGUAAGUGAAAUUUUGGAUGACGCCGACGAUGCGGGACUCGCUGCCGCAGUGUCGUGCUGACGGCUUCCGAGCGAUCGUCUUCCCCUGCAGUCAAAGCCGUCCGACAAGCAUGCCAAACCAUUUAUCCGACGACGACGCGCCCAGGUCUGAACCUCACCAUGUCCGUCAAAACGAACCUCAUAGGCCUGAUCGGCACCCACCACACACACCCCGUCUCGAUCGACAACGUGCCUUGCCCGAUCCAGUUCCCUGGUAAUAGUAGUUGA